AUGCUCAACGUCGUCGAUCCCAUGGCCGACUCGCAGUUCACUGGGCCCAAUAGGGUCGCCAUUCCACGACCACAGGUCGGGAUCGAGAGACUAGCUCCUCGCCGCCAGACGAAUGAGCCGCGAGAGUCUAUGAACUGCAAGUCGUGUCGCAAGAGAAAGAUCAAAUGCAACAGACUGCGACCAUCCUGUGAGGCAUGCCAGCUCUUCCAGUGCCCUUGUGUAUACGAUGCCGUACCGAAGAAGCGAGGACCAAAGACCGAUGUUUUAGAGGCACUUCUUAAGCGGGUUGACGGCCUCGAGGCCAAGCUCAAAGAAAAGAAUGCGGAAGACGGCACAGAUACAGGCGCAGAGUCGUCAGAGGCUCCAAGCGCGGAACCCGAAGAAACAGGCCGAUCCGAAGCUAAUGAGCCACCUCCGAAGCGCUUUGCGAUCGCAUUAGAGAAGUCUCCCUCCGGAGUUGCUGAGCCUAGAUUUGCCAGUUCGGAGACAGCUUCUGCCGACUGGCCCGCCACUCUCGAUGCCACUGUACCAACGGAAGCUCUUAUCAACGCAUAUUUCACGACAAUCCAUGGGAAACCUUAUUUUAUUGUUGACGAGUCUACGAUACAUCAGCGUAUGCAGCUCAAGCAGCUACCGCAAUAUCUAGUCGAUGCCAUGUGUGCCUCGGUAUCCAAACUCUCUGCUCAUCCAAAGGGACACUUGGCAGCUGUACAAGCAAGCCUGGACUUGGCCCUUCGCGCACGGCAAGCCAUCGACCUGGACGAAAUAUCAAUGGAAGCAAUACAGGCACUCCUUUUGAUCUGUCUGACUUUCAUCAUGGUAGGCAAGGGAGCCAAAGCUUACAUGGCAUUAAAUAAUGCUAUUUCCAUGGCACUUGGUCUCGAGCUGCACAGAGAAAUGGAUACCCAAGCCCAAGUUACGCAGGCAGAGCGCGAAACGCGACGCAGGCUAUUUUGGACUUGCUAUCAGCUUGAUAGACUACUAGUAUGUGGCUCAAAACGGCCUGGUCUCAUAAGCGACGAUGCCAUUGUCCUUCGACUUCCCUCAUGGUCGUCUAAGCCCUCUUCAGCACCCACCGAGGGAGAAUUCUUCCACUGCGGCUCAAAUUUGCAGUAUUUGCAGGGCAGUGGAAAGAAAUCCCAGGGCAGCAGCGGCAUGCUUAUUGACAUUUGCCGCAUCCUCGGCAUUACAAGCAAAUAUCUCGCGGCUGGUGGUGUCAAGGGCGAUUCCCAUUUUCCGUGGCAUUCGCUUUCAAAUCUGUCCAAGAUUCGACAAGACCUCGACACAUGGGCCUCUGGAACCAACAACGCCUUUGCUACCAUCGAGUCUUUAUUUGGCCAGUCUGAUGCCACUGCUCUGUUCAUGAGCAAGAUGCUAUAUCACCUUAUCCACUGCUUGAUUUACCGCCCAUUCCUGCCUAUCGACCUUGCCGAGCUAUCUGGAAAUGGCCAGCACCAGUCUUGGCAAAUCGAGGCCACUACCAUGUGCUUUUUGCAUGCAAAUGCCAUCACGGAACUUGCAGAUCUUGCAAGGCAAACUGGACGCAUUCAGAUGCCAGGCAUGACUGGCUACUGCAUCUUUACCGCCGCAACCGUCCAUGUACACGGGAUUCACUACAACAAGUCGCCCAGUAAUGGUGACAUGGCCGUUUUUUUGCCUUCUUCGGAGCUCUUGGCGAAAGCAAGAGAAAUGCUUUCCGGUUUGCGAUAUAUCUGGGCUGCCGUUGAACAACAUCGGGAAAACCUAGAAGAGAUCUGUGUCAUGCACGGGAGACUCGUUAAUGCGCUGGCCUCCAAUUCUAUUAGAUAUACUCCUGGAUUCCAGCUUGAAGAUCAUUUCGACAGGUAUUCGAACGUUGGAGGAUCUGACGGAAACGGCCGCCGGAUAGACGGCACGAGCUUCCAUUUGAAAAAUAUCUCUACAUCAUUCAUGGCCGAUCCAUAUGCCUCCCAAGUUGUGUCGGGCAUCCUGCAGCAGUCAGCCCUAAAGCGCAAGAAUACUGGCACAUCGAGCCAAGGCCGAACAGAAAUGAUACAUCAAUCGCCUACUUCUGACGGUGCUACAUUCUACCACAAUCGAGAUCUGUCUGGCCACUCUGGACACACAUCUGAUGCAAGUGCGCAGGGCGUUGCGCAAAUGCAUGGACAUGAUGGUCAAGGACAUCACACCAAUACAAUACGUAGCACAAUGGAAGGGUAUUCAAUGAACCCUGCUGGGACCAGCACAGCAGGAAUGAGCGCAUAUUCCUUCUCGCCGGCGACAAUGACAGCGUCGUCGGGCAUGGCUGCGCUAUCAUACAGCCCGGCAUACAGCUACAAUGCCCCAAUGGGAAUAUCUGGCAGCCAAGCAAUAAUUGGACCAGGGACACCCUCGUACGAUCCUAUGUUUGGUACCAUACCGACAAACGCAUAUGGCAGCCCAGCUGCGUGGCAUGGGGUCGAUGUAAACGGCCAACAUAGAAACCAGGCUGGCGCCACUGUUCCAAGUCCGAGCACAAAGAGCAACACAGGCAGCACCGGAACCCAAGGAGACGAGAAAGACCCGUUCAUGACGCUCCUGGAGCAGCUAGCCGAGAACGAGCAGCGUUUCAACAAUGGAACAGGAGAGCUUGAUUUCUUUCUCGCAGGAGCCGGCGUCGAGACGAGAUAA